AUGUCCACCGGCAUGAGGGCAGGGCAGCUCGCCUCGGGGCGAGGUCCGAAACACGCUCAAGCUCACGACGGUGCCGCGGCCGCCGGCGGCGCUCGGGCCGCGAGAGAUCGCGGUGCGCGUCAUCAGCGCGUCCAUCAACCCAGCCGACUACGAGGUGUCGGCGCUGGGACUCUGCGCGCGGGCCAUCGUGUCGUUCCCCAAGACGGCCGGCAUGGACCUCAGCGGCGAGGUGGUAGCCACGGGCGCCGACGUGCGGGACGCACAGGCGGGCGAGCGCGUCAUGGCGCGCUGUCCGAGUACGUCGUGGUCCCGCGCGCCGUGGACCCGGACGUGGCGGCGGCCGUGGGCACCGCCCGCCUCCCGGCCUACCAGAGCGUCAGGCCGUACGUCAAGCCCGGCGGCCGCGUCUUCAGCCUUUGA